GUCUGUGAGCUGCUGGAUUUUGACACGCCUGGAGAGAUGAUUGUUAGUGAUGCAGCCAGAGGAUCCACAAUAGAUGAAAUACGUUAUACUAAUAAUACAUUCACAUAUAUGGUGACUGGAAAUGUUUCACAAGAACAAAUUAAACCCCACCUGGAGGGAUUUAAGGAGGAAUUUGCUACGUUCUUUUACCCAGUCUGUAUAAAAACUAUCAAGAAUUACCUACAAAAGAGAGAGUCUCAAGUGAAUAGAAGAGAAACGCCCAAUAUAACACUCUUUAAGAAAGCCUCAGGCUCUGGAGGUUCUUAUUUGAGUUGUUUGGCAACACGAUUUUACCCUCGUCACAUCAACCUGACUCUAUUGAGAGAUGGACAGCCUGUAUCUGAUCAUGAGCUUACUGGAGGAGAUCUGCUGCCCAAUGAAGACGGGACGUACCAGAUGAGGAAGAGUCUGGAGAUCAGAGUAGAGGAGAGAGAAAAACACAAAUACACCUGCUCUGUUGAACACCUCGGUCGCAACUACACAUUGGACAUAAUUUUAGAAUUUGAUCCGGGUGAACCAUUUAAAUCUGUGAUUCCCUUAGUGCUGAUGAUUAUAUGUUUGGUCUUGGUGUUUGGAGCUGGAUUCAUUAUAUAUAAAUGCUGCAAAAGACAAGCAGCUUCAUCAGACUGUGAUUAUUCUGCUUCUUCCACAUCAGAAUAAAACAUGGACCAUGGCAUCAGCACAAUUGUUUGUCUUAAGUAAAUCUUAACAGUUAAUACAAGACAAGAACUUCCAUGAAACUCCCAAGAAACAAGUGAUGUCCGCUCCCCCUUCAUCUGAUUGGCUAGAGGAGCAACUGUCAAUCUCAACUAGUGGACCAAUUAUGAAACUAAAUCCCGCCCAUGAUUUAAAUGAAACUGGAAUUGCAAGCGCAGAAAGUUGGAAAAAAAGCGCAAACGGGAAAAUACUGCAAGCACACAAAACAUUUCAACCUCUGAUUACGUACCCCUAUAUACAUUUCUGGAGAGAGCAAAAUAUGUCCC